AGCGAGGAGCGCGGUGGCGGCGGCGGAGACGCGCGCGCCCAGCCCACCCCCCGCGCCGCCGCCGCCCGGACAAUAAACAGCAGAGCGCGGGGCGAUGCCCGAGCCGGUGCCGCCGCCCGCGCGGCCUUAGCUGCAGGGCCCCGCCGUCCCCGCCGCCCGCGUCCGCCCAGCACCGCCGCCCCGCCCGGACCUCGGCGGGGACAUGGAGGUCCUGGUGGCAGAGACCACGUCCCAGCAGGAGCGGCUCCAGGUCAUUGCAGAGAAGCGGAGGAGGCAGGCGGAGAUGGAAAGCAAGCGCCGCCAGCUAGAGGACGAGCGGAGGCUGCUGCAGCACCUGAAGUCCAAGGCGCUGCGGGAGCGCUGGCUGUUGGAGGGGACUCCAUCCUCGGCCUCGGAGGGGGACGGGGACAUGCGGAGGCAGAUGCGAGAGGACGAACAGAAGGCCCGGGUCCUGGAGGAGUCCAUCUCCAGGCUGGAGAAGGAGAUUGAGGUUCUGGAGAACGCAGACGCACUCCCGACCACCUCCAAGGAGGACACAGCGGCCCCGAGCCCGGCCCGCACCCCAGCCCACACCCCGACCCCGAGCCCUGCCAAGGAGGACGAGAAGGCAGCGGUGCUGCCGAGUUCUCAGCAGACCCUGGUGGGCACGCCCAAAGAGAAACGAGUGUCCAGCACCCCACUGAGGACCGUCGAAGGCUCCACUGUGAUGAAGGCAGCCAUGUAUUCGGUCGAGAUCACGGUGGAGAAGGACAAGGUGACCGGGGAGACCCGGGUGCUGGCCAGCACCACCUCACUGCCCCGGGGGCCGCUCCCCCAGGGCAUCAAGGUCUACGAGGACGAGACCAAAGUGGUCCACGCCGUGGAUGGCACAAUGGAGAACGGGAUCCAACCCCUGAGCUCCUCCGAGGUGGACGAACUCAUCCACAAGGCAGACGAGGUCACGCUGAGCGAGGCGGGGUCCGCGGCCAGGGCAGCGGAGACCCGGGGGGCGCCUGAGGAGGCCAUGCGGACCACUCCUUCCAGGCGGGAGAUCACGGGAGUGCAGGCACAGCCGGGUGAGGCCACGUCGGGCCCGCCGGGCAUCCAGCCCGGCCAGGAGCCCCCGGUCACCAUGAUCUUCAUGGGCUACCAGAACGUGGAGGACGAGGCUGAGAGCCAGAAGGUGCUGGGGCUGCAGGACACCAUCACGGCGGAGCUGCUGGUCAUCGAGGACGUGGCUGAGCCCAAGGAGCCGGCCCCGCCCAACGGCAAUGCAGCGGAGCCCCCCGCCACGGUGGGAUCCAGGGAAGAGAACCAGGUGGGGCCCGAGGUUUCCUCCAGCGACCCCCAGGACCUCGAUGUGAAGAAACAGCGCUGUAAAUGCUGCUCGAUCAUGUGAGGCGCUCGGCCCCCCAGACCCCGGCCCUGCCCUCCGUACCAGACACCCACCAGCCCGGCCCCCUGGCGCCUGCCCACCCUCCACCCACCAUCACAGGCCCCAGGACACGUCAUGUUACCACAUGGUCACUGAGAGGAGAGGGACAGGGGUCCCCCCCACCCACCACCGCCCUGACACACCCCGAGUGUGGGCCUAUGCCUGGUCGGAGACAGACAUGCCCAGACCCACUCUUCCCGAAUGAGGGACACCCCCCACCGUGUCCCAGCAGUUCCGCAGAUGUGGCUGCAGCCCACAGUGGCCCUGGCUGGGGUGGCCGGGGUGCACAUAGCCUCAGGCCGGCCCGCCACCCCCUGUGCCUUCCUGCCGCCUCCAAUGAGGCCCCUGAGGGGACAGCCUGCCAUCCCCUCUGGAGAGGGGUCCCGGGAGCCAGGGGGGUCCCUGGUGCCUGCUUGGCCCUCGCUUGGCCCCCAAAGGUGAGGCUCCCCAUCGAGGCGGCUGGUGUGAGGCCGUGCCUCUCUGGGGGGCCCUGGCCACAGACUAGGCUCCGGGUCUGUGAGUGGAGCGCAGCCCCCCUGGACACCCCACGCCUGACGUGUCCCUGCCCCUAUGCUCUCCUGGGGCAUGGCUGGUGGGUGAGGGAGCCUGGGGAGGGGAAGCCCAGGGGGCGUGGCCCCCACUCGGCCGAGGUUGGUGGUCCUUUGCUGUCUCCUGGGCGGGGCGGGCUGGGGGUCUUUGAGUCGCUCCUGCCCAAGGCAGGGCCUCGGGGGCCGCUUCUGGUCCCGACUCCCGCCCCUCUGGCCCCCCUUCCUCCUGGUGCUAAUUUGGGGACCCUGGGGGCUGCCCCCGGCCCCUUCUUCAGCCUGCUUGGACCAGGGUCCUGGGUGUCCCCACCGUACCCCAGGGAUCAGACCAUUGUGCUGGGCGGGGCACACCCCGGGAAGUGGGGGGCACACAGCCCGCGGCCAGGAGCUUUCCUUGGGCUGCAGCAGGAGAACCCCUCCCACUUUCCGCCCAGCCCACCGUGAGCCUGCCCCGCCAUGAGGGUGAGGGCUGAGGGGCCCCUCCUGGGGGCGGCUGACGCCCAGUGUGCCGAGGGGCAUCUGUGUGCACCCCUCGCACCCUCUCAUGGGUGGGCUGUGGGCCGCCAGGCCGCCUCUCGGCCCCUUCCCUGGGGCUCGGCCCUGUCCCCUGGCGGGAGGAGAGGCCCCCUCUGAGGUGACCCUGGCUGUGGGAACCCCUCCCUCCUCGCUGCAGUGCCCCUGUGCCCCCCUGCUUUCUAUGUGACGAGGCCCACGUUCCUGACCUUUCCAGAGAAGCGAAUAAACAGUGCGAGCAGC